AUGUCCAACCCGUGGGGCGAAGAACAACCGUUCACCAUAUCGCUCGAUGGCGCACAAUGGGCCUACGGCACCCCCCUUGCUGAUGUCAAAAGGCUCGCGGCGCAUUGGAAGGACGGUUUCGACUGGCGCGCUUCUGAGACACGUAUCAACGCGUUGCCCAUGUACACGCGCGACAUCGAGGUCGACGGCUUCGGAACGCUCAAUGUGCACUACCUCCAUCAACGCAGCAAGGUCAAGAACCGAUUCCUUGCUGUUUUGCACGGAUGGCCCGGGCAUUUCCUGGAGGUGGAGAAGAUGCUGCCGCUCCUCACAACAGCGUCUUCGGAUCAACCGAGCUUCCAUGUUGUUGCUCCCAGCCUACCCAACUUCGGCUUCUCAGAGGGAGUCAAGAAACCGGGUUUCCAUGAACAGCAUUACAUAGAGGUUCUGCACAAAGUCAUGCUUUCGCUCGGGUACGAAGAAUAUGUGUAUCAAGGAGGAGAUUGGGGGCAUGUUCUGGGAGCAUCACUUGUGACUCGCUACGGCGUCAAACACGUCAAAGCAUGGCACACCAACCUUCCCAUCAUGGAACCCCCCAAGCUGUUCUCGAACCCGAUUCUGUACCUCGAGAUGAUAUUCAAGCUGCCCUUCGACCAAGUUGCGAAGCAGCGGCUCGCCCAUCUCCACAAGCAUGUCACGACCGGACGCGGGUAUAUGCUUGAGCAGGCGACGAAGCCUCAAACGGUAGGAUACGGCGUGACGGAUUCCCCCGUCGGUCUGCUCGGGUGGGUGUAUGAGAAGCUCGUGGGAUGGACGGACGCGUACCCGUGGACCGACGACGAAGUGCUCGAAUGGGUCUCCCUCCACUGGAUCUACUACGAGCUCUCGCGCGGCGGCACGAGCAGCUUCGGCGGGCAAGGCGACAAGUGGAUGCCGAUCCCGCUGGGGGUAUCGUACUUCCCGAAGGAGAUCUUCCAGUUCCCGUACUCUUGGUCGCAUCAGCUCGGCAAGUACGUGUACGCGGGUUACCACGACAAGGGAGGACAUUUUGCCGCGUUCGAGCAGCCGGAGGCACUCGCCGGCGACCUGCGGAACAUGUACAAGAAGGGCGGCCUGCGUAUGGGGUGGUCCCGGGAAAAGCGAUUUACUUAUGACCGUCUCUUGAAGAGGAUGAAGCAAAAAUAG